AUGCAAGAGAUUGCAGAGGAGGGCGAUGCGCUCGUACCAGUGCUUCAGCAGGCUGCAAUGGCUUUUCGUGAAGGAAAUCCUCAAGCUCUGCAAGAUGGUUUGCAGGAGCUGCUUGAGGAAAUGAGGGCCCAGGAGCUUUGGAAAGGAGAGCGGGCCUUGCGCGCAUCGCGUUUGGACGGCGCAGCCUCGAAAGAGUUAGGUGUGGACAGUAUGACCACCUGGCUUUGCCGCAUGCUGAUGAAGGAAGAGUUAGCAAGCCUGGCAGAAGAGCUGAUUGAGGAGAUCUCGGCAGCCAAGAAGGAAGAAGUCCUCAGAGUCCCCUUGGAGUUCGGAGUCCCUCCGGAGCUGUUGAUCUCUGUGGGCAGCCACGUUCUGGAUUGGACCAUGGCCGAUGGGCGCUUCAUUUGGCAUGGUACGACAGCCGCCCUGAAACUCUUGCGAGGCUCCGAAGCCGCGGAGAUUCCUCGGCUUCAGGUGGCUGACAAGGUGAUUCUGGAGUUAGGCUGCGGACUGGGCGUGGUUGGCUUGGCUUGUGCACGUGCAGGCGCCAAAAGAGUCGUGCUUACCGACUACGACAAAGAGCUCCUUUGUGCCUGCCAGCGUUCUAUAGCGUUGAACUCCUUGGAGCAUAUAGUUUCGACAUUGCAUCUGGAUUGGAGCUGUGUCAGUUCAGGGCUGCUUCCCGAAGAUCUCAACAGCGACACCAUUGAUAUUGUCAUAGGGGCUGACAUCAUCUACGACGCCGACCACGCUCAAAGCGUGCUGGGUGCUCUUUGCCACUUCUUGCAAAGUGGCAGGGCAAACUCUGCCAUCCUCAUCACCGGCGAGCCGGACCGGCGCCAGGGUGUGAAGCAGUUGGAUGAGUCUCUGGGCCUCGCAGAGCAGUGGCCCUCCGAGCAACUCGGACCCCUCAGUGGCCAGCUGCAGCAAGUCACCUGGAUUCUGGAGCGCUUGCCGGGGGAAGAGAGGAGCCAUCGCCUCUACAGCUUCCAGCUGGUGCCCUGA